AUGGACAAAAAUAUUAAUAAUAAUGAAGAUCAGAUCAAAUGUGAACAAAACCAAAAAUAUAUAAAAGAACUUAAUGAAAAACUGUGCGACUAUGAUGAUGUAAUUGCCCAAAGAGAUGAAAUGCAAUACCAGAUGUCCACGGCACUUGCAAGAUUGGACUCCAUGAAAACCAAACAAAUGGAUAUGAUCACCGAACAAGUUUGUAGGUAUGAUGAAAUAAAUAACAAUUACAAUACAGAUCGAGAAGAAUUAACUCAAUUAAUAAAAGAAAACGAUUGUUUGCGAAAUGAAAAUGAGAAAUUAUGCGUUAAAUUAAAUGAGCAAGAGGGGCUUCUAGAAGAAUUAGAAAAUGUUCAUUUGACCCUUUUACAAGACGCUCAAAACGUACAAAUCAAAUUUGAAGAUGUGACAGAGAUAGCAAACAAAUAUAAAGAACGAAAACGACAAAUGGAAACUGAAUUAAGAGUUAAAGAUAAAGAUUUAAUUUGUGUAAAAAAUAUAUUAUCGGAGAAAGUAAUGUAUCAUACUCAAUUAGAAAAAAAAUUAAGUAUCGAGCAAAUCCAAAAUGAUAAUUUACGAUUUUCAAUAAACGAGUUAAAAUGGAAAUAUGAUAAUACUGUUAGAUGUUUGAAAGCAAAAAUUACUGAACAGCAAAGUAAAUUAAAUGAAAAAAUGCCCAAAUUCACUGCAAUCAAACGAAAAUUGAAAGGUACACAAGAGGAAGUAGAAAUACAAAAUUACCAAACAAUAGAAUUAAAAAAAAGAGUUCAAAAACUUCGUCAAUUUUAUUUUAAUAGGAAAAAUAAAACAGACAGAGUAGUUUUCGAAUUCAAAGUCAAAGUAAAGUCAAAGACUUUGGAUCUCGAAUUGAUUGAUACAAAACUUCGUAAUGCACAAGAAGAAAAUGAUAAACUCCAAUGUCAGUUGAAUGAUCAAGAGGAAACAAUAAAACGUUUGGUGCCAAAGAUAGAACAGCUGCAUCAGGAUGUGAGAAGUAUCAAAGAGACUACAGAAUUAACGACAAACGUAAACAAGAUGGAAUGCGAACGACAUGACAAAGAGGUAAAAGCGUUUCAAAGAAAAUUUGAAUUAAAAGAUCACGAAGAAGAAGAAUUAGAGCAAUUGGUCAGCAAGCAAAACGAGCAGAUAAAAAAAAUGAAAAAACAAUUAUUUGGUAUGAAAUUUAAAACUAGUGAAUUGCGAAAUCUAGAUGUUACUACCUUAAAUUGCUUAGAACUGUAUGUUGAUAAAUUAAGUGAAGAAAAAAAAGAACCCGUAACAAACCAAUGCAAAUUAUUUGAAUCAAACGAUAACAAAUGCGAAUUAAAUAGUAAAAAAUGUUGUAAUAACCCAUGCGUAUUAUAG